ACAAAAUCCUACUUCCUGUAACAUGUAAAACAAAAUGGAUGGGAAUAAGGACGAAAGCGAGCGGUGUAUUUCGCUUGCGAAGAAGUAUUUGGCAGAAGGCGAGAAAUCAAAAGCUUUAAAAUUUCUCAAUAAAGCAGAAAGGCUUUAUCCUUCACCAAAAGCGAAAGAAUUGAUGGAUCAAAUUAGUACUAUGAAUGGAACGACUCCAGGAGGAAAAAAAACACAUUCUGAAGAGAGCACAAAAGAAAAUGUCCGACAGAGGAAAGGUAGUAUGGGAAGAACUGCCUCAGAAGAAAAGCAAGGAGAGUCUGAUACAGUAGACAGAAGUUACACACAAGAUCAGAUAGAUGCAGUGAAGAGAGUAAAGAAAUGUAAAGAUUACUAUGAUAUACUUGGGGUGCAGAAAGAUGCUGCAGAAAAUGAUUUAAAGAAGGCAUAUAGAAAACUAGCUUUACAGAUGCAUCCAGACAAAAACAAAGCCCCUGGAGCAACAGAAGCAUUUAAAGCUAUUGGUAAUGCCUUUGCUGUUCUCAGUGACACAGAAAAAAGAAGGAAGUAUGAUUUGUAUGGUCCCGAGACUGACACAACUACAGACUCACGGAGAGGUCACCAUGAUUAUACACAUGGUUUCGAAGGUGACAUAUCUCCAGAAGAGCUAUUUAACAUGUUUUUCGGUGGAGGAUUUCCUACAAACCAUGUGUACACAACACACCGACAACGGCAUACACAUCAGCAUCACCAGCACACCCGUGCUAGUAAUGUCUCCAACGAUGGGAGCUACACUUUACUACUGCAGUUAACGCCAAUUAUCUUACUAGUCCUUCUAUCCCUUCUUAGUAGUUUCUUUGUCAGCGAUCCACUGUUCAACAUGCACAAAACAGAAAAAUAUUCUGUUCAAAGAAAAACAGGAAAUCUUCAAGUUCCAUAUUAUGUAAAAAGAGAUUUUCGAGUUGAAUUCAAGAGUGAUUUACGGAGGUUAGAACGGCAAGUAGAGGAAGAGUAUAUAUCAUCGUUACGCCAAAACUGUUGGAGGGAAAGAAGCUAUAAAGAGAAUAUGCUGUGGAGAGCAAGGAAUUAUGCAGAUGGAAAAUUAUAUGAAAAAGCUAGCAACUUAGAGACUCCAUCAUGUGAUCAGUUGAACAAGAUAUAUUCUUCAUGAUACCUCUUGCUAAACGAGCGUGAUCGGAAUGUGAUGUUAGUUCCUUUUUUUUCAACUUCCCUGUGAUGACAGAAUGGAACUAUUGGUUCCAUGUGGCCCUAACGACCAACCCGUGGAGUUGUGAAUUCUUGAUGACCUGUAACAUGUCAGGAUUUGAGUUUUAUUGUUACCAUAGACUUGAAACACUGGUAUCUAGAUGUAAGUUAGAUCAAUAAAAGACAAUGUUUUGGAACAUUGCAAAACACUUGUACUAUAAAAUCAUAAUUAUUAACAGCAUUUUAUCAAUUUGUUUUAAACAUUGUUUCCUAUUAUUUCCACUAUGAUUAAUACAUGUAGCUAGUUAUACUUCUACCAUCAAAUAGGAAAUUGACUUAGAUACUUAUUAAAGUGUUUGAAAAGUUCCAAAACUUUUUCUUUUGUGAAAGCAGUGCAGGUAAACUAUUUUUCAUGGAUCAGGCGACAAUGUUAAAAGUUUCAAAGCAGGUGGUGAUGAUGAAUUACAAAAUUUGUUUAGGAAAAUUGUCUGUGGGUUACAUUACUGUUUUUGUCAAUUACACACAAAGCCUUCAAUGUUUCUUGUGUGUACCCAGAUGAUUUUAGAGAUGACAGUUACGUUAACUGACAUAAUAUGAUCGUGUUUGAUAUGAAGAAUGGAAGUUUAUUUGAUUGAUAAAUAUUGUAUAAAAUAACAAUUUUAAAUAGUACCCCAGGCUUGUACUACCGUGGUCCUGAGCAGUUGAAGAUACACUGCCAUAGACAAUAGAACAUGAUGUAUAAUAUUUCCUUGUGUUUUGAUUUGUAAUCCUGUCGAGUCAAUCAGUGGAUGUUGUUCAUAUACAUGCAUGGUCAGAAAAAAUGACACCUAGUAUCACAGUUAGUUUCUGGUAACUUUAAAAGAAAAGGAUGUGUUAUUGAAAAUCAGGGAUUCUCUUUGUUGUCCAGAUUAGAUUGUGUGACCAAAAUGUUGUGUGAGGAUGAGGGAGGUGAGUGAGGUGUGAAAUCCAGCGUGGCGCGACUGUUUUUGUGUAAUACAGAUUGUGAUGUAUGUAUCCAGAUCUAAGUGAAGUGAUGAACACGUGUAAAUAAAAAGUGCUCGAGUAGAGAAUUUGAACCCCACGUAAUGAUAUGUAACCUGGUGUGUUAUAUGUGUUGUCAUCGAUUAUAAGCAUUUAUAGAUUUUAUUUGGUGAAUGAUGCAUGUUUCUUCAUACCAGUAAAUUCUUACUUUUGAAGAUCACUUUUUACUUAGUAAAUCAAAUAUUAUUUCUUUUAAUUUUUGAGAUGGGAAAUCACCUAAAUUUGAAACGUGCCUGGAUAAGCAACUUUUAGAGAAUUGAAUUCACUGAUAAAAUCAGUCCCAGUCAUUUCUCCAGUAGCUAGUACAGAUGUAUGCUUAAUGAGUAAUCAUAAAUUUCUUCCUCAAUAAUUUGAGGAUGAAAUCAGAGGUUCUAAAAUUUUAAACUGAUUAGUAUCAUAUACUGUAAGGCAUUCCAGAUUUUACUCUGAUGGGCUCAAAAUUAGAAGAAUUUAAACGAUUAGAUAGGCCCAGGUAUACAGAUCUUUUUAUAUAAACAGAUGAAUGUUUGAGUGUAUGUGAUCAUUGGAUGUGAUUGUUGUAGUGGUAAAAAUGUUCAUAUAUUAAACAAAUAUACUUUUUUUUUUUUUUUUCAAAGAUAGUUAAUAUAUGAUAUUUUUAUUAUCCUGUGUAUUCUAAUGUAAACUUUUGUUAUUUGAUUUGUGUAAAUAUAAAAACCGUCUCUAUUUAUAAGUGUCAGUAGUGGUAUUUUGUACGGAUGUUGAUUACUAGUGCAAUCAUUGUUAACUUUGUAACCUAUCAAUAAAUUGUAAUAUAACUGUUAUUUAUACUGAUAACCAUCUUCAGUAUCCUAGGGAUAAGCUAUCAAUGAAUUGUAAUAUAACCGUUAUUUAUACUGAUAUCCAUCUUCAUUAUGCUAGGGAUACAUUCUUGAUUUAAUACUUACUGUAACUCUGACUUGCACAGAUCCUAUGUAAAGCUUAACCCUUGGAAUUUUUAGGGUGACUGGUAACAUGUUUUAUUAUGCAAAAUUGUGUUUUAAAAGAGAAACUAGACAAAGUCAUACAUCGUCUUAAUGGAAGAAGAUAUUUAUAUUAUAUGCAAACUUGAUUCUGUUGUGUACCAUUUACCACCCCAGGGUUUUGCUUGCCACAGGCAGGUUACAUUUAAGUGAGUAGUGCACAAUGGCUGACAGAAAUAUACCAAAGCAUGUCUCAACAUAAAUUUUACACAUGAUUUAUCAUUUCAAAGCAGGACAAAAUUUGACAAUUAUGAAAAUAUUGCAUACAUUGUAUAUUAAUAUUUAUGCUUUUAUAAUAUUUCCAACCUUUAAGUUCAAAGGCCACCAUACGACUUUUCCUGUCCCUCCAAACCAGGAUAUUGUAACGCAAAAACGAGGCACAAUCCAUUAUUUGCAACCAGUAAUCGGUAAUAACAGCAAACCAGAAUAAAUUCGUCCGAACUUGUCAUUCAAGCAAGGGAGAUAAUUUCAUGGUUAUUAAUUUUUAUAGCAAUUAAUAGUUUGGACUGAUAUUGUUAUAAAUAUUUAAGUAAUGUUGUCUUCAUUACUUGAUUAACAGUCAUUAAUGACCUUAUUGUUACCGAAAUAUCCAAAGCUUCCUAUUGACUGUUAAAAUCUAGCAAUAGAUCUGUGGAGACAUGUGACAAUUAACAUGGCCUAUUUCAUUCAUCUAAUUUGAUGUAGAGAACACACUACCAGUAUAUGGGUGCAUAAAGUGAAAACUUUCUUACACUAGACUAUUGCUAAACUAGUGCAAAUAGUUAGCACUUCAUCUUCAAAUUUUAAAACAAAAUAAACCAGUUGAUUUUUUAAUACAUAUUAGCUGUUCUAUGUUUAUCAGACAUUAGGGCUAUUCCAUAAUUAAUUGUAUUUGGGGAGGGAGGACAAAUCCUCUAUAAUUAAUAUAUUCCUUAUUUUAACGUCAUUAUUUGAUGGGAUGGCAUGGUAACAUCUGGUAAAAAUUAAUUCUGGAAUAGCCCUUUCUAAUAAUAUUAAUCAGUUUAAAACCUUGUACACUUCGCUUUGUAAAUGAUUUUGUAGAGUUUGCCCAUUUUCGUUUAUUGCGAUACAAAUGGUUGGACAGGAGUUGUUCCUUGGUGAAGUAAUGAAGGACUUAAUGAUUUUAUGUUAUUUAGGACAAGCCUUGACAAACUUUCAAGACCUGUAUUGAUAUAUAAAGGUCCGUCAAGAUUUACGCCUAAAAUAUUGCAGUAACAUCUUGCAAGACCAGUUUGUCUGUAUAAACAAACACCCUUCAGGAUUGAUGAAAACUUUUAAUCUUCAAUUUUUGUCAGAAAUAGAAAUCCACAUUAUUUGGUUGUGUAUGUUUAAAACAAGUAACCUUUAUCAAAUUGUGAAGAAUCUUUUUUUUAUUAAUGGAGUCAACUUUUAAUUUAUCUGUUAUAAUUAUGUCAAAUAGAUUUUGGAUUCAGGUACUUAAAGAGGGUCACUUUUCAUUGGUAAGUGGAUACAGUUGUAUUUAAGUUUUUUGUUUUUACCUGAAGUCAAUUUACUCAUUUUGUGAAUGCAUGCAAUACAAAUGUUUUCUACAACAAAAUUCAAUUACGAUGUACAUAAUAAACAUUGAACAUUUAUAGAUCUUGACUAGAUUAGUCCGAUAAAUGUUUUCUUUUUGCUGUGAAAUUUGAAUGGCCAUGUUUUUACACUGUCAAGUUAUGAAUGAUACCAUUUUUAUAUAGAAACAGAUUAAGUAUGUAUGUAAUAUCACUCUUACGCGAACCCUUGUGGGGUUGAUACAAUCUUAUAAGGUACAUGUACAUAAACACAUGUAUAUAUCCUCAUCAGCGUACCUUGGUGAUUGUGGAUGUUUGAUAUUUCUUGUCCACCCUUGUUUACAGUGUCGAUUCACUGUCAAUAAACUACACUCCAGAAUCGUACCAUUA